AUGUUCAACCACCUUCGCGCGAGCCGCCAAAUCAUUCUCCGGUUGGCUGACAGUCCACUUCCAUCCAGUAUUAAUGAUAACGGACGCUUGUUUGCAUUUAUCUUGGAAAUUUACCGCUAUUUCAUUCUCAGCAACAAUAUCAUCCCCUACGGCUCGCUAGAUUGCCGAACCGUACCCCUGGACUUAUUCCUUGACGACAUACUCGGCACAAUGAGCCAUUUCGAUACAUGGGGUUUCAUGCUCGGCGACAGCCACGGGCUGUUCAGAAUUAUUCCUAGCAUAGCGAUUCUUUCCGCCCGACGUCUCACAGAAGAAAAAGUCUCGCAAGCGAGCUUGGAGAUGUACCAAGAACUCCAUGUCCAAAUAACGGAAUGGAAACCUGCAGCAUCUACAAUCCCUGAUCGUAAAUUGCAGUUUCAACGGGAAAUGGCCCUCAAUUUCUGCCGCGAGGCUACUUUUCUAUACCUUGAGACAGCAAUGGUUCCAGAUACGUUGAGCGACACUCAAACGUUAGCGAAGAUCCAAAAUUACCUCGAUAACAUCAUAUUCUACGCAAAGCAAGCCGCUGGAUCCCCCUACGAGACCAUUUUCCUGGGCCCUUUGCUAAUCGCCGGCUCCUGUAUGCUGCAGCCAGAACAACGACAGCUACUCCUGGCCGGACUACGGUCUAACAGAUUUCAAAUGCAGCACUGCUUACUGGCUGCUUCACUUCUUGAGCACCUCUGGAAUGAUCCUAGUGGGCGUGUAUUCGGGCCAUAUGGUCUAGCGAUCAUCAUGCGGCGCAACGGGAUGAAUCUAGGUGUUGCAUGA